UAAAUUACUUUUUCGUUCAGUUGGUAAGAAAAUUCAAAAAUACAACUCUGCGUAUUUUAAAGAUAGAUUUUCUUCGGUAUUUUCGCGAUUCGCCAUUUCUAUUGAAGUUCUUGAGUCGGCAAGUGUGCGCUGGUCUCUAGUGAAAUUUUGUGUAGAGAUAUUUUGAUUUUAAAAUCUAUUAAUUUAAAAAAUUCAAACAAUUGUUUGAAAAUAUUAUUGAAGUUUUGCAGUUUAAAAAUAAUUAUUCAAAAUUGAUAACAGAAAAAGAAACGCAAUGCCACGUUACAGAGAAUGGGAUUUGGCAUGUAAAGUCUACGUAGGCAACUUGGGUUCAUCGGCGUCGAAAUACGAAAUUGAAAAUGCCUUCAGCAAAUACGGCCCGCUGCGUAAUGUGUGGGUUGCACGCAAUCCGUCUGGCUUUGCGUUUGUGGAAUUUGAGGAUAGACGUGACGCCGAAGACGCAGUUCGUGGUCUAGAUGGAACUCGUUGCUGUGGUACACGUAUUCGUGUUGAAAUGUCUUCUGGACGCUCUAGAAAAUUUGAUCGCCGUCGGGGUGGUGGCGGUAGCGGCGGUGGUGGUGGUGGCGGCGGCAGCAGCAGUGGAGGUGGCGGUGGACGCGGUGGUGGCCGUUACAGGAUUAAACCUACUACUAGAACUUCUAUCUCCUCUUCCUUCAACAACAACAACAACUACAUCUUCACGUAUCACAACUACUGCUCCUUCUCCACAACCUCCACUACGACAAGCAACUACAAGUUUAAAAUAUCCUACAACAACAAGUUCAACAAUGAUGAAUAUAUUAACAAACUUUACAUCGAUUAUGAUAAAAUUGAAAAUAACUAUAUAAACAAUAAUAUUCGCUACAAGACCCUCAGUAACAAUACAAUACCAAUACUCGAAACACGAUCAUUUCUACCAACAUAACUACUUAGCACACUAUUACCACCACAAUUAUAACCAACACAAAAACUAGAUCUAUAACUUUAAAACUUGUUGUUGUUGUCGUAAAUGAAAUUAGUCCCAAAAUAUCCACAAAAAGCAAGCAAGCAACUGCAAGAAUUGCUAUAGUAACCGACGCAACUAGAAUUAGAAUCUUAACAGUAACGUAAUAACGUAACAGCAGGCGCAAAAGCUACAAAUCUGUUGCAACACGUUUAUUAAAAUUUCAUCAACUAAAAAAUCAAGUCAACACACAUAGGUUUAUUACGUCAUUCAACUAGAACAUCACAAUCAUCAUUAGCUUCUUCACUUUCACUACAAUCACCAACUACAGCAAGAAACUUCAUAACACAGCUUAUAUUACCAACAGCAAUUGCAUCUAUAGCUUAUGCUUUACAACUUGUCAACACCCAGCAUGACAACUUUCGAACAUCGUAUAACAAAACAACCCAUUCUUAGUAUCAAAUAGCUAUUCAGACUAUUUGAUAUUCUUAUUUCCUAAUGAUGUACUUACAUGACAUAUUGACAGAUAAGUAUUAAAAAAACCAGACUGAUACUAAACACUUCAUCAACGCAACAUCAAAUGCAACGGUUUUAGCUUAGCAAUUAACUGCAAAUUUCAACAUCGAGUUUUUACGAGUUUUUACACCCUUCUUGUCGCCGGAACUCACCUCACCUCAAGUUAAGAAAAGUCAGCAAUGCAACUUUCAGCUCUAAGCAAAAACAUCAGUGAAAUAUGAAAAAACCAAAAUCAAGCCAAGUUGACUUUCUUUCUGGUAGAGAUCUGGUAAAUCUAUAUUAUCUACAAAGCGGGUAUAUUAUCAUGCAAGUCUUCAUUAUGCAAGGUACACUUUAUUUGUAAAUGUAAAUAAUGCAUUUUUGGUAUACUUGAGAUAUAUCCGAAUUCGUUGUUUAGAGUUCAUAACAUUUUUUUCUAAUCCAUUUUAAUUUAAAAAAUAAUUUGAAAAUAAUUGCAUUUGAGCAGGUGAAACAAGCAUCAAUAUAGUUGUCUUCUGCAUGUGUUCAACCAUUUUCACCGUAAAUGGUCAAAUUGGUCGGUCGGUUGGUCUUACAUCUUCCAUCUUCCUUUUCUUCAAGGGGCAACGUUCUUCAUACGUACAGCAAAUAUGCUCAUCACUACACAAAAUAUCACCAAAAAAAACUAUCAACAUUAAUUCAGCCAAACUACGCCGACGAGUGCAUUAUAUUAAUUUAGUACCAACAAUAAAUGAGGUCCUCCAGUUGGUCUACUGCAUGCGCGUCGACGUUAAUUGCUUCAAGCCUUUACACACCUGCUGCUUUGGGUUUGUUCUUAGAAUAGUGGUGUACUUCUCCUUCUCCCAUCCUCUUUUUCUGCAACAUACCAAGAAUUAUAUUGUCAAGUAAUCAAGAAAUUUAUCAAGAAAUGAAUCACCAAUCACUACAAACCAACAAAUCAAAUCCAUCAAACAAUUUUUUUUAACCAACAAAUAUAAUAUAUAAGAAUAAGUAUAAGUAAUUAUCAAGAGUCAACAUUGUCACAACCACUAGAACUACAAUGGUCGUCAUAUGUCGUCAGAGUCAGUGCGUUAAAUACGUGUGCAUCAUCAGAAACUGCAAUUUUCAGCUGUAAUGCCGGGCUACCGUCCUUAUCGAAACUGCCAAAUCGUAACAAAUCAAAAAUAUAUCAAAGAUAAUCAAUUUUUUUUGUCAUUAAAAAUAAUUAGUUUUGUAAAUUUAAUUAAGUAGACAAAAAACUUUGCUGCAGCAUUUUAUGUUUACCUAAGUUUGUGAUGUAACUCAUCCGUAUAUUCUUUAUAUUGGAACUUAUGAGGGCGAACUCCCCCCAUAAGUUCUAUAUAUGUACUACAAAAUAGAACUUAUGGGGGGAGUGGGAUUUUUACACACAAUCUAGUUAUAUUUAAACAAAAACUUAUUUAGUUUCAUAGCAGAUUGUGAUAUCAUUGUAGAGAAGCAUUAAACAGGAAUUGGUGGGAAUAAGAUCCAAAUUUUGUUUACGUGCUUCUCCAAUUAGAUUCAUUUACACUGCUUUUGAAUGAAUGAGAGAAGUGGAUAAUAUACAAUAUCGUCCCAUAAAACUUAUCGAAUUCAAACGAAAAUUGCUGAAUAGCAAUUAUUGAGAAAUUACAGCUCAACAAUUGCUGUUUAUGCGUUUAAUGAUCAUGCAGUGUGCGUGUUAAUUAAUAUUUGUAGCACGUAUACAGCUUGAAAAACUAAAUCUGGUAUAAUUAUUAUAUUAAAAGUAAAAAAAAUAAUCUGUUUUGAUAUAUUUUUGUCCUACGCUUUUGUGCAUUUUCAUCAAAAAAGAGUGGUUUGUCUGGUGUUAUGCUGCGAUUUGCAUAAGCAACAUUAGUGAUUUAAUUUUAAAUAACAGUGUAAAUUAUUCUUCAGUUAUUAAAUAAUUAUGCCAUCAUUGUUCAACAAAAUAUAAUAUAUAUUUAAUUUUUAUAAUAAUUAUUUUUUUAGAUCACGUUCACCGAGGCGUACUCGAAGCCGCUCACGCAGUUUUUCUAGAGACAGACGCAGUCGGUCAGAUUCUCGUGACCGUCAUUAAA